AGUCUACUUUCUUACUCUUUGACUUCUUUGACUUCUUUGUUUUUUUGUUUGUUUGUUUGUUUCAAUCAUCAUCAUCAUCGAGUUCAACCAAUGACGCAAAGGACACGCAACGCUGUCAUCGUCAACCUGCUGUGGCUGUUGCUCUUGACGCUGAGCUGGAAUGCCGGCGAAACCCGCGCAGUGGUCACCGUUGUGGACUGGCAGCCCAAUCAGACCGUGCAGACGCUCUCCAUCAGCACUGGCGAUCCCGUCAUCUUUACCAUCAGCCCUUCAUCCAACCUGUAUCUCAUUCGACCCGGGGCGUGUUCGGCGCCGUCGUGCUGCGCGUUUGAUCCCGCGCAGGACCUCUUUGUCUCUGCUGGCGGCGCGUCUGUCGAGCAGAACUACUACGCUCCGGGCGUCUUCUACUAUGCAUCCGCCGUUGGCUCGCAGUGUACUGCUCAAGGACUUUCACUAAGAAUUGAGGUGGCUGGUAUGGUCAUGCCAAACCCUGCCGCGUCCUCUGCGACUGCGGCGAGCAAGGCCUCGAUGUCAAUCGCAUCCGUGGCAUCGGUCGGAUCGGUCGCAUCGGUGUCCGUCGCAUCAGGGGCAUCAGUCGCCUCUGUAGCUACCCUGUCAGUGUCCAAGGCCUCGGUCGCAUCCGUCGAAUCUGUCAAUUCAGCUGCUUCCGUUGAGGCUGUGCAGUCCGCCGCCUCCGUUGCAUCUGCAGAAUCUGUUCGCGGCAUUCUAUCGGCCGAAUCUGUCGGCUCGCUCGCAUCCGUCGCAUCUCAACGUGCUACACAGGCAUCCGCAGCGUCAAAAUCCCUCGCGUCGCGGGCAUCCGCGGCGUCAACCUCAGCUGCCUCCCUUGCGUCCGUAUCCUCGACAGCUGGCCCGAUUCAAGACAGCGAGUCGUCGUCCAACCUUCCUGUUAUUGUCGGAGCUGUCGUGGGCGGCGUCGCGCUGCUUGCAUUGCUGGUCGCUGGCGUUCUCAUUCGCCGUCGUCGCCGAGCUGCGCGUGCCUCAAUUGACAAGCAUAGCUCGCAGGCUCUCCCGUUGCGCUCUGUUGUCGUGACAAACGACGAGCCAAUGUACUCUGCGCCAGACUACAAAACGACCACUGGCGACGAGUCAAACUAUGCCACUCUCAACAGCUACAUCGACAACUACGACUUGACAGCAUCGUCUCGCGUCUACCAGACAAUCGUGCCCAUGUCUUCACUCUUGCGGAGCAAGCUGGUUCUCGGAGCCAAGCUGGGCUCGGGUGCGUUUGGUGUCGUGCUGCGCGGGCAGCUUCCUCGCGACAUCAUCCCCAACGACUCGAAGCACCUGCUGACAAGCUCGUCGCAAGCGCGCCUUGAUGUUGCCGUCAAGACCGUCCAAGCCGAUGCCUCCGAGAAGGAGAAGCGCGACUUUGUCGAGGAGAUGCGCAUGGUCACACAGUUCAACAACCCCAACGUGGUGCAUUCCAUUGCAGCGCUUCUUGACGCAGACCCACUGAUGUGCAUUCUUGAGCUCAUGCCCUACGGUGAUCUUAAGGCCAUGCUGACCAAAUCCGGAGACGCGCAAUUUGCUUGGACGCUCGGCGAACAGGCGCACGCCCUGACUCAGGUCGCUGCUGGUCUCGAGUAUCUCGAGUCGGUUCGUUUUGUGCACCGCGACAUUGCUGCACGCAACUGCCUCGUUGGCGCUGGCCUUUCCGUGAAGAUUUCGGAUUUCGGCUUUUCCCGCUCUCUGGCCCAAGACCAAAACUACUACCACAUGGAAUCCAGAGGCAAAGUUCCGUUCAAGUGGAUGGCUCCCGAAUGCAUCUCGUACCGCAAGUUUACUCAUCAAAGCGACGUGUGGGCGUUCGGCGUGCUUGCCUGGGAGGUGUUCUCUUAUGGCGAGGUUCCGUAUCAAGACUUGAAACCUCAGGAGGUGAUUUCGUAUUUGGAAUCGGGACUUCGGCUCAAGCAACCAGCGGUUUGUGAUGACGAGGUCUACAAUCAGAUGUCUGCCUGCUGGAACUCAGAGCCUCAGGCUCGUCCGACCUUUUCUGUCUUGAAGGCGUACUGGGCUGCGCUUUGCAAAGACCAAGAGAUUCGUGACAUUGGGCAAUUGCUCAGUCUCUAAUGGCUUGAACAUCGAUUGGGGUCGGGGUGCCGCAAAUCUGGUCAAACUUGUACAACAACAAUAUCAUGUCGAUAGAAAAAUGGAGCAA